AUGCCACUAAUCGAGCAAAUCUUUUGUGUCACUACCGGCCAAUCUGGAGGCGAGGGCUACGAUGUGGUUCACUCCGAGGAACUCGAUAAAGAUGUACUGAGCGUAGAGGAUGUGGACACUUUGCUACUGUGCCAAUUAACUGAAAAUGAGAAUCUGACAGAACCAUUUGCUUAUCUAAAUGCGUGCUUCAAAAGAUGCCAGCAACAGAAGAGAGUUAAUAAAGGACAACUCUCAGAUUCUCUACAAGCUACGUUCCAAGAGGUUGACAGGUUAGUGAUUGGGUAUGGGCUGGUUGCGUUUCAAAUAGAAAACUUCUGCAUACAUGGUAAUAUAAUCAAUUAUAUUAGGCAAAUAGUAAAAAAUGUGGACAUUUACUCGGAUUUCAUAUCACAGUUGAUUCAACGAGCCAAUCUGGAAGGAACCUUGCCUGAUUUCGUGGAAAGUUUCUUCCCAAAUCUAGUGAAAUAUCUCACGAAGGAAUUACAGUAUUUUGAUUUGAAUGAUUCGCAGACAUACAACGCGGUUUUGACGAUUUAUGAGAUUUUCUUAUCAUAUAAAUGUGUGGCAUCGACUUUCACCAAAAUUUCUUCUUUUUUUGCCAAGUUCGAUUGUAAACCAAGUGAAUUUGAAAAGACCACACUUUUGGGUCCAAUUUUAACAUUAUCCCCACUUAAUCCAAAUGUUGCUCUUCGAAACUAUGGUGAAAAUUUAGAGCGUACUCCGCAACAAAAGAAAGUCAUUCAUGAAUCCCUACAGGCUGAACAUAAGGUCAUUGUGGACAGAUUGUUUUUCAUUGUGGACAGGCUUCUACGAGGAUCUCUUGAAUCGCGCAAUGAUUUAUUGAGCUAUUUUGCUCAAAUUGUUAACAAAAACCACCUAAGAAGGGGUGAUCACGCCAAUCAGAGUAAAUUGGCAUCAAAUGCAUUUAUGACAAAUAUUUCAGUCAUAUUGAUCAAAUUUUCCCAGCCUUUUUUGGACGUUUCUUACAAGAAACUUGAUAAGAUUGAUGUAAAUUAUUUUAAUAAUCUAAAUUUUUUCAUUGAUUUAUCAGGGGAAACAAGAAUUAACUCUGAUUUUGAAGAGGCGGAUGAGUUCUACGAUAAAAACAGAAAAAGUGACGAUUGUAAACCCAAUUUUAUUUCGGAUUGUUUUUUUUUAUCAUUUACAUACUUGCAUUAUGGUAUUGGCGGUACUUUGCUAUACGAUGAAAAGAUCACUCCUCAAAUCAAAAGGAUCAAACAAGAAAUUGACAGAAUCAAAGGUAUAUCGCAAUCACAAGAACUGUUCGCAUCAUUUGCUUCAAUGCGAAUUCAACAGAUGGAAAAAUCUUUAAAAAUAACUCAAGGUAUUAAAGAUGCAAUUCAAGGAUUUUUUUCAAAUAAAUCCUUGCAGUUGGAAGUAUUUGAUUUUAUUUGUGGGGCUUCAACAUUUCUGAUCAGAGUGAUCGAUCCUGAACACCAAUACCCAUUCCAGCCUAUUAAUUUACCAUUGAUACCAGAUCAAGUUGGUGUGGAAAACGUUGAUAAUGCUGAUUAUUUGAGAGCGCAUGCUCCUAUUCCGUUCAAAUAUUAUCCAGAGUAUAUCGUAGAGGGACCAGUCAACUAUUCGGUGUACAUUUCUCAAUAUACUUCAUCGCCUGUGUUCAGAAACCCACGGUUACAGUCUUUUGUUGAAUUUUCAACUAUGAUUUUACGUUGUCCUGAAUUGGUCUCUAAUCCGCAUUUAAAAGGUAAACUGGUUCAGUUGAUGAGUAUUGGUGCCAUGCCUUUAGCUGAUGACUCUCCGGGCUUCAUGAUGGAUAUUUUUGAGAAUAAUGAAUUGGUAAGAAAUAAUUUACUGUAUGCAUUCUUGGAUUUUUAUGUGAUUGUGGAAAAAACGGGUUCAUCCUCACAAUUUUAUGAUAAAUUCAAUAGCAGAUAUAGCAUUUCAAUCGUUUUGGAACAGCUAUAUCAUAGAAUACCUCUUUAUCGUGAGCAGCUGGUUUGGCAAUCAAAAAAUAAUUCAGAUUUUUUUGUUCGAUUCGUUGCACGUAUGCUAAAUGAUUUGACAUUUUUGCUUGAUGAAGGUUUAAGCAAUUUGGCAGAAGUUCAUAAUAUUCAAAUUGAGUUAGAGAAUAGAUCUCGAGGUCUAACUCAGGUUAGAGAAGAAGAUGAGAAAGAAUUACGUUCGAAAUUGGCAUCCGCAGAAAGACAAGCAAAAUCUUCUAUAGGGUUAGCUGAUAAAUCCAUUACACUAUUUGAACUAUACACGAGGGAUAUACCUGGGGCAUUCGUAACACCAGAAAUUGUUGAUAGAUUAGCCGGUAUGCUAGAUCAUAAUUUAGAAUCACUAGUUGGUAAAAAAUGUGGUGAAUUGAAAGUAAGAGAUCCUCAACAAUAUUCGUUCAACCCAAAAGAGUUACUGAGAUCUCUGACUACUGUUUAUAUCCAUUUGUCAGAUGAGCAUGAAUUUAUCGCGGCCGUUGCACGAGAUGGGAGAUCAUUUAGAAAAGAGUUGUUUGAACGUGCAGUUCAUAUAUUAGCAAGAAAGACUGGAUUGGUGUCGGAUGUGUUCUGUCACAAGUUAUUGAAAUUUGCAGAAAAUGCAGAACAGGAAAGACUAUUAGAAGAGGAGGAAGAUUCCAGCUAUGGAGAUGUUCCUGAAGAAUUUCUGGAUCCAUUAAUGUAUACCAUAAUGAAAGAUCCUGUGACGUUGCCUACAUCUAAAGUUAACAUUGAUAGAAGUACAAUAAAGGCACAUUUGUUAAGUGAUUCCACAGAUCCUUUUAAUAGAAUGCCUUUAAAAUUGGAGCAAGUCAUUCCCAAUGAGACGCUAAAGCAAAGGAUAAUAGAUUAUAAAAGAGAAAAGAAAACUGCCAAAUAG